CCCUGCCACAGUUAGCGUGGCCAGGUUCGGUUCCUGGUGGGAUCGUGUUUAAUGAAGACACAGAGAUGGAAGCAGUUUGCAAAGCUGAGACAUCGAGAGCGGAAGCUUUGGAACUGUCCAAGGCAACGCAGCUUCCAGAGAGCACCAACUGCCUCACAUGCUCAGAAGAUGGAAGGUACCUCGGUCUGGGUCACUCCCAGGGCUUGUCUGUGUGGUGUACAUCUUCUCUGACCUGUGCUGCAGACUGGCUGGAGGACAGACUGGAAAUUACAUCUCUUCAGAUGACCAGUAUGGCAGAGUCGUCAUAUCUACUCGGCACUAUUGAUGACAUGGGUGUUGCCAGGGUCUUUGCUUAUCACUGUGACACCAUCCACCUCCUCAGUGUUGUUAACAUCAUGGAAGAUAUCAACAAGAGAAGCAUUUGCUUGGCCUUUGAACUGUUUCACGGGGGACAGUACGCAGCAGCAACAAUCAGUUGUAACGGUGCUGUUUGGCUCGAAGUCCAUCACUUCCCCUCAGAGACCUGGCUGAAAGAGUUAGAGAUGGUGGCAUCACAGACGCAGGAACCCAACUUCUUAGGGGGUGUAAAAUGGUCACCGUUGUCAGUGGCAACUAAAAUCAAGCCACCCCAAAUCCCAGCAGGGACAGCACUGGAAGGUCCACAUGCGGUGCAGGUGGCAGAUUUUUUGACCUACUUUUCAGCUUUGGACGUCGAUACCAGGAGUCGCCAGGAGAAGGAACAGUCUUUCAAUACUAAUGCAGAAAAAAGAAAACAAACUAAUGGAAGCACAAGAUGUUGCACCCAGCACUUUCUUCUGCCUUGUGCGCAGUUUUCCAGUGACCGGUCUCAGCGAGAGCUGCCUGUUGCUGUCUGUGUGUGGUGGACUGGUGAUCACAAUCUUCUUCAGUAUUCGCUACAAAAAGCACCAAAGAACAAACCAGAUGUUGAACCUAUGCCAGAUGUGUUGUGGCCAAAUGCAAAGAAAAUCCUCUGCUCUGCUGUGAGUAGAUGCACCCGCUACAUAGCUCUUGCACUCGAUAGUGCUCUGGUGUCUGUCUGGGAUAGGCAAUCUGGGUCUCAACUGUCUGUCGUCUCAAUGUCCACACCAGACUGUGCCAUCUCCAGGAUUCAGUUUGCAGAUCACUGGCAUGUGUCCACUGAUGAAGUCCAUCUUUUGCUGGUGUGUAAGAGUGGAGCAAUUCACAGAGUCACCACAGGACGAGGAAGACCGUGCUGCACAAUGCCGCUCACUGAAAGCCCAAAAGACAAUGGGGACCUCCCAACAACCAGCACAUCAGUGCCGUUCCUGCAGAGCAUGUUCCUUGUGGUGCAAAGAAAUGGAAAAAUGUUCCUCCAAGAUGUCAUCAAUAAAACCACAGUGCGCUGCUUGAUUCCCCCUAAAUCUCAUCUGAUUGCUACUCCCUGCAAUCCUGUUUAUGCUUUGAACACCAAACGGCAAACUCUGUUCAUACGAGGUGAUCAGGACUCCAGCUGUAGAGCGUCCUCUAAAGACGACAAAGAUGGCCAGAGUCACCUUCUCAUCUUUCGUUUUGGAGAGUGUGAUAUUCUCAAGCAGUUCAUUGUUUCACCUCCAGACUCUCCACAACAAGAAGAAACACAGAGCUUUGUCUCUCUAGAAGAAACCUGCAAUCUCUACCUUCAGCAAAGAGCACUCUCUGUGGAUGAGAGGAACAAAGCUCUUGCACAAACAUGGAAGCAAUUACAGGAAACUGCAGCAAUGGCUCAGCAGAGACACAGCAGAGCAGCAGCUAAAUGAAACGCUGCUACACAUGGUACAGUCAUAGUCGAUAUAUACAAAACAUUUGGGGCAGUGAUUUUGAAUUUGUCUGAAACUGCAAUGUAUUUGUUUUUUGGUUAAAUUGGGUAAAAACUGUAUGUUACUGGAAGCUACUCCUUAUCUGUCUUUUAAAAGGAUGAGUGUAUUCAGACUGAUUAGGACUGAAUGCACUCAUCCUUUGCCUUUGGGGGCCUUGAAUGUUUCAUAUGUCAUGUUUUAAUGUCAGAAGAAAAAAAAAGCUUGGACAUGUUGCAGAGAUUUUUAGGUUUAGUUUUGGUUUUGGCCAGUCACUUGCAAAGAGACACAUAUGUUCUUCUGCAACACUCACAUGCCACUUAUACAGCUUAAAUAUAAAAGAAAACAUUAAAUUCAUUUAUUUGACAUUUUGACCCUGCCAAAAAUAUAAAUAAAAAUAAUCACUCAAUGUCAGUUUUGAAGAUAUUUUUCCAAAUACAAGCAUUCAGGGAAAUACCUCCGCCAAGGCCCAACAGUUCCUUUAUGAACAUUUAAAUUCGAUAGGUUACAUGCAAACAUGCAAACAUUUAUAUCAGUCUCCUAAACAUGGCAGACCAAACAUAAUGGGAAUAUUUAAAUUUCUGUGCUCUUUUAGAAAACAUUUAUCUGCACUGUUGCAUCAUUUGUUUUUCCUCUUCACUGUUCAUAUUACAUUAUAUGGUAGCAUCUCUCUGAUACUGAUUCUAUUACCAGCUUGUAACAUCAUUUGAAUGCUAACAUCUUAACUUAGAUCCCAAAGGUCCAAACAUCAAUGAGUGCAUCACAAAGGCACAGGUGCUCUAUUCAGACAGCUUGGCGUGUGAUGCUGUCAACACCAGUUUGUUUGUCUGAAAAUGAUCUGUCUACAAGAUAGAUGAAGAGUUGUGAUACAAAAAGAGUAGCUUUGAGAUUAUUGCUAGUUAGACAUGAGAGUGAACUGCAGAGAAAAUAUACCCCUGUUGUGUCUGUAUGGUCAAUAUGAAGCUACAAGCAGCAGUCAAAUAUUGUGUUCAAUAUAAAGCUUGUAGAAGAUUUUGAGAGAGGCUGUUUCUCCCUUUGUCUGUAUGAUGAGCUUUGUUAACCAGC